GUCCGCAUCUCAGUCCCGGCCCGGGAGCAGCUAAAGCUUCUUGACUCUCGACUCUGGCGCCGACCCGGACCCGGACCCGGACCCAGAGUUUCUCCAGCGGCGGCGCAGGGAGCAGGGCUCCGCGCUGUAACUUCCUCGGCGCGGCUCCGCUAUCCCCGGGAGUCCUCCGUGCGCACCUGCCAACUCCGCCUUGUGCACCUGCCGCCCCUGAGCCUGCGCGGGCGCCAAGCGAACCAUGGCCAACGCGGGGCUGCAGCUGCUGGGCUUCAUCCUGGCCUUCCUGGGCUGGAUCGGCACCAUCGUCAGCACGGCGCUGCCCCAGUGGAAGAUUUACUCCUACGCCAGCGACAACAUCGUAACAGCCCAGGCCAUCUACGAGGGGCUGUGGAUGUCCUGUGUGUCGCAGAGCACCGGGCAGAUCCAGUGCAAAGUCUUCGACUCCUUGCUGAAUCUACACAGUACUUUGCAAGCAACCCGCGCCUUGAUGGUGAUUGGCAUCCUGCUGGGACUGAUAGCCAUUUGUGUGGCCACUGUUGGCAUGAAGUGUAUGAAGUGCCUGGAAGAUGAUGAGGUGCAGAAGAUGCGGAUGGCUGUCAUUGGGGGCGUGAUAUUUCUUAUUUCAGGUCUGGCCGUUUUAGUCGCCACAGCGUGGUAUGGCAAUAGAAUUGUUCAGGAAUUCUAUGACCCCAUGACCCCGGUCAAUGCCAGGUAUGAAUUUGGACAUGCUCUCUUCACUGGCUGGGCUGCUGCUUCUCUCACCCUCCUGGGAGGUGCCCUGCUUUGCUGCUCGUGUCCCCGGAAAACAACAUCUUACCCAACGCCACGGCCCUACCCGAAACCUGCGCCUUCCAGUGGGAAAGACUAUGUGUGACACAGAAGCAAGCGGAGACAACUCUGUGGGGGAGAAAACAGGAAAUGGACAUGGAAAUACUGUCACUGACAUUAAGAGCUUAGACUUUUGGCUCUUGUAGUCUGAACUAUGGUGUUACUAAAAAACCGUAUUUUUUUAAAUACCCAUUACUAAAAAUGGCUUUUUCUUAUUUUAGCUCCUUUCCUCAAUACAGGAGGGAAGUAUUUUCCAUUUGUAUCACUGCUUCCCAUUGAGUAAUCAUCUCAGUUGUGGGAGGAGGGCGCUCCUUAAAUAUAUAUAGAUAUGUACAUAUACAUGUUUUUCUAUAAAAAAAAUUAGAUGGUGAAAAAUCUUAUUUUCCUUAUGUGGGUACCAGCAUACUUAAAAUAUAUCUAAAAAAGAAAAAUAUAUUUAAUUCUAUAUUGAUUAAAUAGGUAGUUUAUAUGAUAUUUUCCUCUUCUUUGUUUAUGUACACAUAGAUAAUAAGUCAAAUAUCAUUUACCGUCCUUCACCAGCUUAUAGUGUCUUUCACAGAAGACCUGACCUACUUUACCAAGUAUGAAUUAUUUCAAUUCUUCCCAUGUGCCCUUUACGUAUACUUACAUAUACUUUUUACUAUGAUCUUACAGUAUUUGCUUUGUCAUCGGUCAUUCUUCAUGCCUUUGCUUUUUGUGAGGUUGGGCUUAACUCUUGAAUCUGACAACACAUUUUAUAUGCCUAUAAUUUAAUUCUUAAAGUCUAUAAGAAUCUCUUACAAAUCAGAGCGUUGGGAGCAAAUCAUUCUGUGCGACUAGAUGGUAUAUUCCUGUUGACCUUCCCACACGCUCCCUGUACUCUGACCUAGAACAUGCCUGUUUGCUUUGAAAAUAUUUGUUACAUUGAGGAGCUGUGUGCUGCUUUCCCAGGUGUUGUAACACAGUUUCAUUGAUUGAAUUUUUUGAGCUACUUUUUCCCAGUUGUAUAUCCUCCCAAACUACCUUUUUCUUCCCCUCCUUCCUCAACUGUACUGCUUUCCCAUACACUUUACCUCUUGUCAGAGACGGGUAGCCUGCUUGUCUGCAUGGAGUGUUGGACUAUCUGCAGUGACAAUCUGAUGACAGAUAUUCCCUCUGUUUCUGUAAGGGAGUCAUUUACUCUUUCUCCUCUUUUCCCAUCUGUCAAAUUGAAAUAAUGAUACUUAACCAGCUGGUAAAGUGGUGUAAGUAUUAAUUAGCUGAUAUUAUGCUCAUUCUUUGAACAUGAAAUAUGCCUAAGUAGUAUUUGUAUUUGCUAAAUUGGCUGUUAAGAAGUCAUUGAACCAGACCUACAUGCAGGCAUUCACGUUGUUCAGCACCUUCUUUUCUCCACAGGUCCAUGUCCUUCCUCUCAGCUGCGGCCACCAUGUUGUUGGUGCUCUGUCCCAUUUUAACAAUUGCUCUUAGUUUUCUGGUCUGUGGAAAAUGCUCCUUCACUUGAACAAGAUGAUGUAAUGGAAAGGGUGUUGACUUCAGUGUCUGGAGACCUAAUUUGAGUCUUGGUGCUAUCAAUUACUGUGUGAGUUUGGGCAAGGCACUUGGUUGCCCUAGAUUUAUUGCUUCAUUUAUAAAAAGAGGAUUGUAUUCCUGACCUGCCUACCUCACAGGGCUGUUGUGGGGAUCCCAGGAGAUGGGAUGUAUGUGAAUGUGAUUUUGUAGGAUGAGAAAUAUUGGACUAGGGGAAAGAAUUAAGGAAUUCAAGUGCAUGGGUUUGGGAUUACUUUUCAAAUGACUGAAAAGAGAGAAAUUUUAAGACAUGGGUUUCUUGCCUUAACCAUUCUUUCCAGUGAUGAGACACUAAAGUGGAAUUCAGCUUUUAAGUGAAAAGGAUUCUAAGAAAGUGUUAGUUUUCUUCAGUCAGAAUGGCCUGAUGCUUUUUGUGGGUAAGCUUUUCUCCUAUUAGGAAUGCAGACUUGACCUAGGACAAUUUUGCAGAUGUGAUGGAUAAAACAGAAGUGUCAGUGUUGGCAAACCAAAGAAUGGAAGAUUUUUUUGAAUUAUAAUGACUUACAAGGGUAAACAAGGUGGAUAUCUCUCAAGUGAUGUCACUGGAGGUGUUGCUAUCAGCUGGCAGCUAGCACUGCUAGAAAAGGGAGUUGGGGACUGUAAGUCAUAGUGAAACCACAUGGGGAAAUUAUCCAAAGGACUGCAUCAUAGAAUCUGAACCUCAUAAAUUUCAGUGUAUCUUCCAAAAGUCUGUGCUCCUAGAAUGUGUAGUUCAAAGAACCUCUGCUACAUGCAUAGAGCCUAAUGAUGGGUAGAUAUAAAUACAUGGGGUUACUAGUUGCUAAACUCUAAAAAGAAAUCUAUAGUCCAAAGUGGCCAACAGGAUUGUUACACCAGAAUUUAUCUAAUUUUGAUAUUUUUGUACUCUGCUACAUACCUGGAAACAGACAAAUAGAUACUUGGGGUUUUGUAAUGGGAAUUUGUAUAAAGCAUUACUCUUUUUUCAAUAAAUUGGUUUUUUUUGUAAUAUAAAA